AUGGCACGUACCAAGCAGACUGCAAGAAAAUCUACAGGAGGCAAAGCCCCACGAAAACAGCUGGCUACCAAGGCAGCCCGUAAGAGCGCACCAGCCACCGGUGGCGUUAAGAAACCUCACAGAUACAGGCCAGGAACUGUUGCUCUCCGUGAGAUCAGGAGAUACCAGAAAAGCACCGAAUUGCUCAUCAGGAAACUCCCAUUCCAGCGCCUUGUCCGUGAAAUCGCUCAAGAUUUCAAGACCGAUCUGCGUUUCCAGAGCUCAGCCGUCAUGGCCCUCCAGGAAGCCAGCGAGGCCUACCUUGUCGGACUUUUUGAGGAUACCAACUUGUGUGCUAUCCAUGCCAAGAGAGUGACCAUCAUGCCAAAGGAUAUCCAGCUUGCCAGACGUAUCCGUGGCGAGAGAGCCUAAGCCUAUCCUUGUCUCAGACAAACACAAACGGCCGUUUUCACGGCCACCUAAAUCUUUAGAAAAGAUGCCUUCAUGCAAUCCAAAGAAACGUAACAAUAAAUAUAAAUUAUAAAACACAGGGUAGAUCUACUUCGGGUUUCACAUAAGAAACCUCUGAAUAAGGUCAGGGUAUUA